AUGGACACAGAAAGUAGAAGAAGAACAGCCCUUGCUCUCCCAAACCCACGAGAACCCUCCAGAGUGUCUGCAAUUGAACUUUCAGAAGCACCUUUCCAUGGUAACAUCCUGCUGGAGAGGCAAGUCUCAUUAUCACGCCAGACAUGGCUGAUAUUUCUGAAGAGAGAGCUGGAAUUCCUGGGCGUAACACACAUUCUGAUUGCUUCCAUAUGUUUUUAUUUUGGAAUACUCGUCUCCUCUGGAGUCCUGAUUGCAGGAUUUGAGAAAGAUCUUUUUUUAUCAUUUCAAAUAGGCUAUCCAUUCUGGGGAGCAGUACUUUUUGCUAUUUCUGGAUUUUUGUCAAUUAUGUCUGAAAGGAAAAAUGCAACAUAUCUGGUGCACGGAAGCCUGGGAGCAAACUUGGUCAGCAGCAUAGCUGCAGUGACAGGAAUCUUUAUUCUGGCUGCCAACCUAAAGAACAGCUUGGCUUAUCACAACAUUUGCCAGAAAGUUCAUGGGGAUGAUUUCUGCUACAUGGUUUUUUAUUCCACUGGAAUUGUGGCAAUGAUAAUGUUUCUCACCAUUCUGGCAUUUGGUGUUGCUGUGUUGCACGUAGUCUACAGAGUUGGAGACUUUUUCAAAGAAGAAAAGGUUCCAGAAGAACGUCUUUAUGAAGAAUUAAAUGUAGAUUUACCGAUUUACAGUGAUUUGGAAGAGAGAGAGGAGACAUCUCCCACCGAUUCAUAA